GGGGAAUGGCUUCCUGGGUUGAAAUCAGCUGGCGGCGUAAACAUCGAUUUCCCCAGAAAAGUUAACAAAAACCGAACUCCGCGGAAUGAGUGCUCCAGGUUCUUCAGAUGUUCCCGGUGGAAGUCCACGCGUUGUGGAGGAAAUCGAAAUUCCGGUGCCGUGGGGUUUCGUUUCAGGUAAAUGGUGGGGCUCUCGUGUGAAGCAACCGGUACUGGCCCUACAUGGCUGGCAGGACAAUGCUGGAUCCUUUGAUCGGCUGUGUCCUCUUUUGCCAGAGGAUAUUCCUAUUCUAGCAAUUGACCUCCCGGGCCAUGGGAAGUCGUCUCACUAUCCAAAGGGCAUGCAUUACUUCAUAUUCUGGGAUGGAAUAACCCUCAUUCGACGCAUUGUUAAGUAUUUCGGAUGGACAAACAUCACUCUACUGGGACAUUCGCUGGGCGGUGCACUCAGCUUUAUGUAUGCUGCAAGCUUUCCGGACGAGGUUGAUCGAUUUAUAAGCAUCGACAUUGCAGGGCCUACGGUGCGCGAUCAUCAUAAAUUGGCAGCAAGCACGGGAGAUUGUAUCGACAAAUUUUUGCACUAUGAAACACUUCCAGAGUCUAAAAUGCCGUGCUACGGUUACGAAGAAAUGAUAGAACUAGUUCUGGCUGCUUAUGAUGGUUCAGUGGAUUACGAUUCAGUUGAAGUAUUGAUGCGCAGAGGUAUGGCUUUGGCACCAGCCCACUUGAAUAAGGACGGAUAUCAUUUCGCCAGGGAUCUGCGUCUUAAGGUAGCUCUCAUGGGUAUGUUCUCAUUGGAACAAGUGCUUGCCUAUGCUGAAUGUAUUAAAUGUAAGGUUCUAAACAUACGUGGACAACCGGGAAUGAACUUUGGUAGUGCAGAGGUGUACGAGAAGGUGAUGGAAGUACUUCGGCGGACUGCAUCGAAGGUUGUAUACUAUGAAAUCCCGGGUACGCAUCAUUUACAUCUCGUAACACCGGACAGAAUAUCUAAGCAAGUAAGCGAUUUUUUGUUAGAAAUAUAAGCAUUGUAUGGUUGUUGGUAGGAAUAUUUAACAAUACAGCAGGAGUGGGAAACGAAUUCGUUUGUUGAAUUCAGGACAUCGUUUUGCUUUGCAGUGAGAUUAUAGGUAGUUGGUUUUGCGUUUUGUUUUUAAAUAGGUGUAGUACCCUUGCAUGGGUAAUGAAGCACAAUCAUCAUUAAAUGAAGUUUAUGAAACAUUCCUUACGGAAAGGGCCAGGCUAUCAGCAGUUUGUUCAUUUUAAUAUCUAAAUUAACUUCAUAGUCGAACACUAGACACAAACCAAGGUGAACGGAGAAAUAAAGAGACACAAUGACUGUUGAACAAAGGA